UCCUCGUAGAAUUAUAUCAAGCGGUGACAGAGAAUGAAUUUUGGCGCUCUGACGUCAGGCCCACUCCCACAAUGCCCAGCAACACGCAUGCGCGUUGCGUGCACGAAAAUUGGACAGCGAUCUCAGAGCAAAGAUGGCGGGUACCUCCGACCCUCUGGAAGAUAUGCUCUUCUCCGAGGUGGACGAAAAAGCUGUAAGUGACUUAGUUGGCUCGCUGGAGUCGCAGCUUGUCGGCCAAAGCAAUCCAGCAGCCCCCCAAGCCGAAACCAGGAGUGCUGUGUCUACAGGCGCUGCCAAUCACCACUUAGGAAGAAUGCUACCUGCCCAAGUGGGCACUAUACUGGAACAGCAACAACAACAAGGACAACAUAAAGCUGCGCUAAAUCAGGAGCCCAACUCUAAAGAAAUCAGCUCCGAAAAAACUGUGAUGCCGUCUUCGCUCAGUUCCAUUGCACCUUUCGAGGAAGCUUCCAUCACUUCUGGGACCGGAGUAAAUGCGAGUAGCGGCUUGCAAUCACAUGGAGCAUCUAGUAACACAGCGCACUCUGCAUCUGGACUGGUAACUUUGCCAUCUUCGCUGGUCAGCGUAAACGCCGCUAAUAGGGGUUCUGUUCUGGGGUCGGGUGGGUCAGCGGCGGUCACGACGGAGACCGAUUCUGCAAAAAACCACAUCGCGUCCACCAUACGGACUGCCCCCGCGGGAAUACAGAGUUUAAACGGGAGCGACGGAGCGGCGGCGUUAGUUAGCUCUCCCACGAAUACCGCUAGUCCUGCUGCUGUUGCGGGUUUCCAGCCCGGAUCUGUAACCGUGUCUUUGGUUAAUAACGUAAACACUGUCGUUAGCAGCAGCGGUAGUGCCGUUAACUCGAGCCAGACUCUGUCGCCUUGCGUCAAUUCGACCACUUUUAGUGUGUCUCAGCCUGAUUUCCCAGCAUCGCAAACCGCGGUGACUCCGGAUGGUGCUGGAGGGACCCCUACUAUAGCCCUGCAAAGACUCCCGAGUCACAUCAUGGCCAGUAUUUCACAGAAUGGAAAUGGCACUACAGCCCCGGCGCUUGGGCAGCAGGGUGCCCGCACGGGUCCCUCCGCAGCUACGGGCACUCCGCUAGUAAACCACAGUAAGAGCACGGAUCCGAGUAAUCCCAUGUCCGACUCCCCCGUACAGGCAAAAAUAACUGCAUCGAACCAGCCUGGCGUCGUCAAUUCGGCACCCAGCCCCAUCACCUCUACUGUGACCGUUCCUAACCCUACAACCACGCAGCUUCAAAGUUCCGCCGUUAGUUCUUUGCCCGCAUCCAGCAGUACUGUAACUCUCACCGCCUUGGCGAAACCCACUGUCAACAUAGUAGGACAACCGGCGUCGACCACCGUGGGAAUGAUCAGAUCCGGCAACCCCACGCCGCCGGCGAUCAUAGCGUCGCCGGCGCAGCCACAGCAGCUCCGACCAGGACUGGGUGCGACGCAGAGGAUUGUGUCGCCGCAGCUGAUCGUCAGGUCCCCUCAGCCGCAGACCACCAUCCAGCUGCCUCCCGGGUUCACCAUCCCGCAGGGCAUGGUGUUGGUGCGUACGGAGAUGGGGCAGCUGGUGAUGGUUCCUCAGCAAGCUCUGGCCCAGGCUCAAGCUCAAGCCCAGGCUCAGGCCCAGGCCCAGGCCCACAGCAACAUUUCUCCUCGCCCUGCCACACCCACCACCACAACCACCUUCAGAGUGACCACCACCCAGCAGGCCACUGUGACCUCCCAGGCCAUCCGGCCCGGUCCUCCCGCUCAGGCCAAGGUGGUGCCGUCUCCUACUCCUGCCGGCAGCCCCCUCCAGGUGGCCCCGUCAGCCGCGGCUCCGAAGGCGGCCGUGAUCGGGGGCCCGGUGGCGGCUCCCCAGCAGCCCCAGACGGUGAUUGGGGCAGGACAGAGCGCCCCUCAGACUGCUGUGUCCGCCCCCUCUGGCCCGGGGGCCUCAGUUAUCUCCCAGGAGAUGCAGGAGAAUGUGAAGAAGUGCAAGAAUUUCCUGGCCACCUUAAUCAAACUGGCGUCCCACAACUCGCCCUCUCCGGAGACGUCCCGCAACGUGAAGGCUCUUGUGCAGGACCUCCUGGAUGCCAAAAUUGAGCCAGAAGAGUUUACGAAUCGGCUGCAGUCGGAGCUGAAGUCGUCCCCGCAGCCGUACCUGGUUCCCUUCCUCAAGAAAAGCCUCCCAGCCCUGAGGCUGUCGCUGCUGAACAGCCAGCAGUCCCUGACGCAGCCCCCCCAGGCCGUCCCGCAUGGGGCUGCCCCCGUCGCUGCUGCUGCCGCCGCCGCCCCCGGCACGAUGCCCACCAUCGUCGCCAGCUCCACCAUCAGGGUGCGGCAUCCCAACAGCAUGGCUGCCAGCGUGGCCACCGUCCCGCCAGGCGCUGUGCAAGCCAACGCGUCAGCCCUGAGUAUCAAGAGAGCAGGUGUUCAGGGCACCCCAGUCAGGAUGCCUGUGGUCAUCACACAGGCCGUUCGGGCUCCAGGUGCAAUAUUAAAGGGGCCAGCAAUCCAGGCAAACAAAAGUGCUGCUGCCUUUGCUGUCCAAGGCUCAGCCAAUCAGAAAAACAAGCUGAACGACCCUGGGGGCGGUUCUUUCAGGGAUGACGAUGACAUCAACGACGUGGCCUCCAUGGCCGGGGUGAACCUGAACGAGGAGAGUGCCCGCAUCCUGGCCACAAACUCGGAGCUUGUGGGCACGCAGAUCCGAUCCUGCAAGGACGAGGCCUUCCUGCCCACGGGGAUGCUGCACCGACGCAUCCUGGAGACGGCCAAGAAAUUUGGGGUGACUGAGGUGCCAGCAGAGGCUGUCAGCUUCAUAUCUCACGCCACGCAGACCAGGCUGCGGACGAUGCUAGAAAGGGUGUCUGCCAUUGCACAGCACCGGAUGGAGACGUGUAAGGAUGCCGAGCAUCACGAGCAGUCGACGGACGUGCGGUCGCAGCUCCGCUUCUUCGAGCAGCUGGAGAGGCUGGAGAAGCAGCGGAAGGACGAGCAGGAGCGAGAGAUCCUGUUAAAGGCCGCCAAGAGUCGCUCCAGGCAAGAAGACCCAGAGCAAGCCCGCCUGAAACAGAAAGCUAAGGAGAUGCAGCAACAGGAACUGGCACAGAUGAGGCAGCGAGAUGCCAACCUGACAGCGCUGGCAGCCAUCGGACCGCGGAAGAAGCGCAAGCUGGACUCGCCCGGUGCCGUGGCGUCAGGGGCAGAGGUCUCGGGGAGUUCGUUGGGCGUAUCGGCCGGCUCCUCGGCAACCGCCGCCGCCUCACGACAGUACCCACGGCAACGCAUCACUCGCGUCAACCUCAGGGACUUCAUCUUCUACAUGGAGCAGGAUCGGGAGACGGCCCGCUCGCUGCUGCUAUACCGCGCCCUGCUUAAGUAGCAACCCUCUCCCCCCAGAUGCAUCCUGCCCACAACGUGCCUUCCGUUGGGUCAGUCGCUUCGGCUCAGUGUUUCUGUCAUGACCUUAACUUCAGGGUCAGACUGGAAAGAUUAAGGAAAUGUAUCAGGGGAUAAAAACGAAAGAGGAGAAAAAUUCCGAUUCUUUGGCUGAAAGAAAAUCAUGGCCGGCUUGAUGUUCUGGACAUGGGGGAGAAAAAGAAAAGGCAGCGACACAGUCUGAGUCUGAGUGUGAACCUGAGCUGGAGGAGCUGUGCGCACCUGUGAGAGGCGCCCCCUACUGGGCAUGGAAUGAACUGUCCCAAAGUGAAGGAUAACUUAAUAUACCUUUAACAUUUUUUUUCCCCUUUUCCUGAAGAAGCAAUAUAUUCCAGACCUGGUCGUACAGCCUACAGUAUUGAUUGAGUGCGGUCACAUUGCCUCACGUUUCUGAACAAAACGUAUAACCUUUUGCGAACUUGACAUUUUUAUAUGUCUCUGUUUUGGAACGGCAACAGCGUGAAAAUGAAGAAGUAUGGCAGCCGUUGCUGAGUAAAUUAAAAUGUAUAUAAUUCAUUUUCUUAAGAAUGGUUUUGAUCAGCAUGUACAGUACUUCUGCCACCUAUUUAAUAUUUUAGCAUCAAAUUAUUUGGGUCACACGAAAUCACGUCCAUCUCAUUCCUUGAAGAGAAAAUGAUGUUAUACCUUCAAACUCCCUGUUUAUGUUGAUGCAGCUCUUAGGCAGACGGAUCUCUAGGUAAACUUGUGAGACGGUUUGCAGGAGGAGGGCCUGAAUUUUUAAUGCCACACUGAUAUACCUGAAAUAAUGUUGUCAAUAAUUAAAAUAUUAGUUUUGCGAAGUUGCGGAAGGAGAUGCGGUAAAAAUGUUCGAUUUUCAGAGACCCGACAGUUAGACUCUAGAGCAAACGUGGGGGGGUGUAAUGCCAUUGCAAUGACGACGACACUUACUGUACUAUUACAUGGAGCUUAUCUUUCUAAAUCGGUAUUCCCACCGUGAUUAGAACUAUAACUGUUGGCCUUUUUAACCUCCUGAAUUGAAGUUUGGAGCCGGAUAUCUGAUUCCAAUGGAUGACGCUCGGAAGUUUCCCAUAAUACCAUUUUCCUGAUACAUAAUUAAACCAAGGAGAAGCCGCGAUUGGCUGGGAUUUGUGAUCGGCUCCUGUGAUGUAAUGGGUUCUACUCGAAAAUGGUUCGUAAUUUGAAAAUACUUGCAAUAUUUUUCGUGCAAUGGACGUUUUACGCCAUCCCCAAUUCCCUUUUCGGUUUAAAUAGGAAUCGCUUGCUUCUAUGCAGCUAUCGUGUCUGAAUAGUGCCGCUUUGUAAUUUAUUUGUUGAACGGACGACGUUUCCAGGUGGCCUUUGGAGUUAAUGUGCGUUGGUUUGUUUUUUAACGGCAUCAUAUUUUAGUUUUAGUGCUUUAUUACAAGUGAAAACGAGAAACUAUGUUACUAAUGUACAUCGCAAAAGCAUCUGUCUCUUUCCAAGCGUCAAGCAGUAUUGUCUGUAGCUGUUAAAGGGAAUUUGUUUUGUAACUAUUUAUAUAUAUUUCCUUUUUUAAAAUUUACAUUUAAGCUUGCCACAUUUCAGGCAAUGCAGUUUUAUCUUGGUAAAAUAUCAUAACGGUAAACAGAGAAUAAACAUCUAAAUAAUAUAAAAAGCACAAAUAGACCUAUUUGUCCAAUGGUUUGAAAUGAUUUUAAUAAUUAUUUUUAUGGUUUCUGAUAAAUAAGCAAGCGGUCAUUUCUACUCCGUCAGCUUUUUAGCCAAAAGAUUAUUAGGAAGGUGUAGCUGAAACACAGAGGUGGAAAGUUUAUGUUUUACUGUAUUGAUAAUUUGUACAUAUUGUUUACAAAGAUCAUGUGUUUAUUAGAACUACGUUAUUUUUGGUAAACCCUGUACAUAUUCUGGAAUUUUCCUGUUUGUGUGAAAAGCAUACUUCUGUAUUUGUACCUAUUUUGUAAAGGAAUAAAGAAGCGGUUUACUAAGCAA